CUCAGUUUUAGAGCACAUCAGCUGUUAACUUUCACUAAGGAACCCUGCCUUUGGAUACUGUUUAAGCAGCGUUGCAACGCCCAGGGUUUAGAAGGUUGAACGGUGUCCCAGUGUCUCUUUGGUUAUACGAGCAGAUUUCAAAAUGAGGGGAAGUUUUAUGGAUCGCGACCGAGGCGGUGGUGCUGGUAUGUCACGCUUUCCAAAAUUUGGAAACCCCGGGGAGCGUCUCCGGAAGAAACGCUGGGAUCUGAGUGAGCUGCCAAAGUUCGAAAAGAAUUUCUAUACAGAACACCCCGAAGUGGCACGCAUGACACAGCAUGAUGUGGAGGAGCUCCGUAGGAAGAAAGAAAUUACUAUCCGUGGUGUAAACUGCCCUAAACCUAUAUAUGGUUUCCAUCAGGCCAAUUUUCCACAAUAUGUUCUCGAUGUUCUUAUUGACCAGCGAUUUAAGGAGCCCACGCCUAUUCAGUGCCAAGGAUUUCCCCUUGCUUUAAGCGGACGCGAUAUGGUGGGCAUUGCCCAAACUGGAUCUGGCAAGACACUUGCGUAUCUGCUGCCUGCCAUGGUGCAUAUUAACCACCAACCCUACCUAGAGCGAGGCGACGGGCCAAUUUGCCUUGUUUUGGCUCCAACCAGAGAGCUUGCUCAGCAAGUACAACAAGUAGCAGAUGACUAUGGAAAGUCAUCUCGCUUAAAAAGUACCUGUAUCUAUGGUGGGGCUCCUAAAGGACCACAAAUACGAGAUCUGGAGAGAGGCGUUGAAAUUUGCAUUGCCACUCCAGGCAGGCUGAUUGACUUCCUUGAAGCAGGAAAAACCAACCUUAGACGCUGUACCUACCUUGUGCUAGAUGAAGCUGAUAGAAUGCUUGACAUGGGUUUUGAACCACAGAUCCGCAAAAUAGUUGACCAAAUCAGGCCUGAUAGACAAACACUUAUGUGGAGUGCUACUUGGCCAAAAGAGGUGCGCCAGCUAGCUGAGGACUUCUUGCGUGACUAUGUUCAGAUAAAUAUAGGAAAUUUGGAACUUUCUGCCAACCACAACAUUCUCCAGAUUGUAGAUGUGUGCCAGGAAAGUGAGAAAGAUCACAAGCUUAUCCAGUUGAUGGAAGAAAUAAUGGCCGAAAAAGAGAAUAAAACCAUCAUCUUUGUGGAAACAAAGCGCCGCUGUGAUGACUUAACCCGCAGAAUGAGGCGUGAUGGGUGGCCUGCAAUGUGUAUCCAUGGUGACAAAAGCCAACAAGAACGUGACUGGGUUCUAUGUGAGUUCCGUACUGGGAAAGCACCUAUCCUUAUUGCAACAGAUGUUGCUUCCCGGGGUCUAGAUGUGGAGGAUAUCAAGUUCGUCAUUAAUUAUGACUACCCAAACAGCUCUGAAGACUACGUACAUCGCAUUGGCCGUACUGCCCGUAGUACUAACAAAGGCACAGCUUACACCUUCUUCACACCUGGUAACCUCAAACAAGCCAGAGAACUGGUAAAAGUUCUAGAAGAAGCAAAUCAAACAAUCAACCCUAAACUAAUGCAGCUGGUGGACCAUGGCCGUGGCGGUGGUGGAGGUGGCCGAUCCAGAUAUCGCAGCAUUCCCACAAAUAACAAUCCAAAUAUGAUGUACCAGGAAGAGUGUAACAGAAGAAUGCAUGGUAAAGAUGGAGGAAGACGUGAUGGGAGGAACAAUAACCGCGAUGGUGCUAUUUCUAACAAUCCAACCGGGCGAGAUCAGAACCGGCCAAAUUACAGCUACGGUGGCCAGGUUUCCAAUUUCCAACCCAACCAAUACAGCUACGGACAGGGUGGCUUCACAGGAGUAGCUAACAAUUAUGGCACAGCAGCAUAUGCCCAGGCACCGCAGCCACUGAUGUCACAGCAGUUUGCCCCACCUAGCUCCUCUGGCCUAUUGAACUAUAUGAACCAGGCAGCCAGUUAUCAGUAUCCCCCUCCUCCUCCACCACCACCUCCACCUACACGUAAAUGAGUUCUUCAGCCUUUUUAUCUUUUAGCCUGUGUUACCAGUUGAUGUAAUACACAAUUUCCCUCAGUAAGCUUUAUGUUUUGUUGCAUUUUGUUUUUCCUUUAUCUUGAUCACAGCAAUGUUUGGGAAUUAGACUUUUCCAAUCUUUGAAGCUGUUCUUUAAAGUUAGUGUUCAGGAUUCUAUGUGCUUUGUUCUGGCAGUAGCCUUAAGAUGACUUGAUGUAUUUGCAGGGCUUUUCGGUUUUUUUUUUUUGUUUUUUUUUACCUGUUUUGUUUUUUUUUUUUUUUUUUGCCAGAAAGUUUUGAAAGCUACUGUGGCUGCUUUUUUCCUUUUUUUUAUUACUCCUGAGUUAUUCCAGGUAGGUAAAAUUCCAGACUGUCAAGCAUCAUUCCUCCCUUAUUUCCCUGUCA